UUAUAAAGUCAAACGUGGUGAUACUAACUGUGCAGUUAAGUGAAUAAAUGUGAUAAAUUUCAUUUUAAGACUUUUAAUCUACAGCAAUUCUUUAUGUUAAAAUCAUGGAUGACUCAAUUAUUGCUUCGUAUAUAAGUUCUGGUUGUAACAAAUCACCACAAAUAUUAGAUUGGGGUGAAAAUAAUUUAAUAUGUUUUGGAGUUUGCAAUGCUAUUGCUGUUUAUGAUCCGUCGGAAUGUAGAAUCAUAUCAACUUUAUCUGAACAUAAAGACAAUGUUAAUGCAGUGAAAUGGAUCAGAGGAAAAUGUGGUGCUAAGAAUGAAUUAGUUUCAGCAUCUACAGAUUCUAAUGUAAUUAUAUGGCGUUUCAAUAGUGAGAAAAAACCUACUUAUGAAGUUAAAUGCACGUUAACUGGUCAUGAAGGAUCAGUUCAUUCUGUUGAUGGUAGAUGUAAUGAGUCAAAGACUGUGAUAGCUUCUGCAGGCUCAGAUAACACAGUUCGUAUUUGGCAAAGCAAUAAUGAAGAUAUUUGUAUCUGCCUAAAAGUAAUUGACCUUGAAAGAAGCAUUGCAUUUAGUUUGGAUAUUCUAGAAAUAGACAAUAUUAAUUCAUUUCUUCUUGCUUUUGGAACAGAUACACCAGAACUCAUAUUUUAUUCUGUUGGAGAUUCACCAGAAGCUACACAUUCUCUUGUGAAUGUUCGUGGCCAUGAAGAUUGGAUUAGGUCAAUAUCUAUGAAAUCUUUGAAGGAUGGGGAUAUAUUUGUAGCAAGUUCAGGCCAAGACAUGACAGUUAGAAUUUUAAGACUUAGCCAGCGUAAUACAGAAAGCAACAAUGAUGAAUUUUAUGUAAAAAAGGAUGAAUUUUUACUAGAAAAUAAUAGGUAUUAUUUAUCUUUAGAAACUGUUUUAUUUGGGCAUGAAGGUUGGGUUUAUAGUGUAGAUUGGUGUUCAGAAACAGCAAGUGACAAUGAUUGUCGUCUUUUAACUGCUUCAUUUGAUAGGUCUGUUGUUGUAUGGAAACCUUGUUCUGUUUCGGGUGUCUGGAUUGAAGAAUCGAGAAUGGGAGAAAUGGGAGGUGAUAAUAGCUUAGGAUAUUAUGGAGGUAAGUUUGCUCCAAAUGGAUUGUCUAUUAUCGUGCAUUCUUACCAAGGAAGCUUUCAUAUAUGGCAGAAGCAGGAAGAUAAGUGGCUUGCAGAUUUUACUAUAGGAGGCCAUAGUGAUGCAGUAAUGGAUUUGAGCUGGGAAGAAGAUGGUAAUUAUCUAUUAUCAGUUAGUUCAGAUAAAACUACUCGUCUUCAUGCUCCUGGGCUUAAAAAAGACUCUAGUUCUGUAAACUUGUGGUGUGAAUUGUCUCGACCUCAAAUACAUGGACAUUCAUUAACAUCUAUUGCAUCUCUAAAAAAUUUAAGUUUUGCAUCAUGCUCAGAAGAAAAGGUUGUUCGUGUUUUUGAGGUAUCUGAUGUAGUCUUAAAGCUGUUAAAUAGUUUUUGUUGCUCUGAUUUAAAAAAGUCUGAUCAGUCGAGUACUUUACCAUCAGCUGGAUCCAUUACUGCUCUUGGUCUAUCAAAUAAAGCAGUUUAUAGUAACGAAAAUAGUAACAAUAUCAGUAUUCCUACAUCAAAUGAGUUUACUAAAAUUAAUAUUAUUAAUGAAGAUUUUUUGAUACAACACACAUUGUGGCCUGAAGCCAUGAAACUGUAUGGUCAUGGGAAUGAUGUUUUUACUGCUACAGCUUCCCAUGAUGGUAAAAUUCUAGCUACAGCUGCUAAAGCAACUAAUACUGAUCAGGCCAAAAUUUUAUUGUGGGACACUGAAUCUUGGAAAAUUGUUGCCACUCUAGAAGGACAUCAAUUGACCAUUACACAAAUGGAAUUUUCUCCAUCAGAUUUAUGUUUAUUGUCUGUUUCAAGGGAUAGGAAAUGGUGCCUUUUCAAAAAAGAUGAAAAUGACAAAUAUGUUCUUCAUGCUGUUCCAGAAAAAAAUAUUCAUUCACGCAUUAUUUGGUCUUGCAGUUGGUCUCAUGAUGAGCUUUACUUCGUAACGGGUUCUCGUGACUGUAAAGCCAUUGUAUGGGAAAAUGGAAAACCGGUUGGUACCUUGGUUUCUGAUAAAGGGUCUGUAACUGCUGUUGCAUUUGGACCUGUGAUAGUUGAUAAAGAAAACUAUUUUGUUGCAGUAGGACAUGAAUGUGGUGAUAUUUCUAUAUAUUUUUGGUGUUUAAGCGGUUGGACAUUAUAUAAAUGUAUUCCAAAGUUUGUUGGUCACCAUCUCUCGAUAGAAAGACUAUUAUUUCGUCCUGUUAAAAAUAUAUCUAAAAUCAAUGAAUGUUCGGUAUUGCAACUAGCAUCAUGUUCUAUAGAUUAUUCUGUAAGGAUAUUUGACCUAUUCAUAGAUAAAUCAAAGCAGUUAAUGUUAAAAUAACAUUUAGAAUAUUUGUAGAAGUUUAAUACUGUUUUUAUUGAAUUGUGUAUAUUUGUAAAUUUUUACUGUAAUUUUUCAAAUGUAAAUAAAUUAUUAUAUAUUUUUA